AUGUCCUCUCAAGUUCUGGGAUUUUUAUGCAACUGGACUCCCCUCCUCCGGCAGCCCCCAGGGAAUCCAGCAGCCGCAGGGAAUGACGCGGAUGCCCCUACAGCCCCGGCUUCAGGCGGGGAGGGCGAGCCCCAGAGCCAGCACCGCGACACCCGCCUGGGUAGCACCGAUAAGGAACUGAAGGCAGGAGCCGCUGGAGCUGGCAGCGCCCCAACAGCUGGGGACCCCUGGCAGCAGGAGCUGCGGGUCGAGGUUAUGGAUCCAGCGAAGGGGCCCCGGAGCCAGCUCCCACGGCCCUGCCGCGUGCUGGUGCUGCUGAACCCGCGCAGCGGUAAGGGCAAGGCCCUAGAGCUCUUCCGGAACCACGUGCAGCCCCUGCUAGCCCAGGCGGAUGUCUCCUUCACGCUCGUGCACACUGAGCGGCGGAACCACGCCCGGGAGCUGGUGCGGGCGGAGCAGCUGGGACGCUGGGACGCGCUGGUGGUCAUGUCUGGAGAUGGGCUGAUGCAUGAGGUGGUGAACGGGCUCAUGGAGCGGCCCGACUGGGAGACCGCCAUCCGGAAGCCCCUGUGUAGCCUCCCAGCUGGCUCUGGCAAUGCAGUGGCAGCUUCUGUGAACCAUUAUGCUGGCUUUGAGCAGGUGACUGAUGAAGACCUGCUGACCAACUGCACGCUGCUGCUGUGCCGCCGGCUGUUGGCACCCAUGAACCUGCUGUCGCUGCAAACGGCCUCGGGGCCGCGCCUCUUCUCAGUGCUCAGCCUGGCGUGGGGCUUCAUUGCUGAUGUGGAUCUGGAGAGUGAGAAGUUUCGGUGCCUGGGGGAGUUGCGCUUCACUCUGGGCACCUUCCUGCGCCUGGCAGCCCUGCGUGUCUACCGGGGCCAACUGGCGUACCUCCCUGUAGAAAGGGUGGUCUCCAAGAUGCCCACCUCCCCCGCUCUGGACCGGCAGGACCAGCAGGGCCCUGUGGAUGCCCACCUCGUGCCCCUGGAAGAGCCAGUGCCCUCCUACUGGACUGUGGUGCCAGAGCAGGACUUUGUGCUGGUGCUGGUGCUGCUGCACUCGCACCUGGGCAGCGAGAUGUUUGCUGCACCCAUGGGCCGCUGUGCAGCCAGCACUAUGCAUCUGUUCUACGUGCGGGCAGGCGUGUCUCGGGCCAUGCUGCUGCGCCUCUUCCUGGCCAUGCAGAAGGGCAGGCACAUGGAGUGUGACUGUCCGUACUUGGUGUAUGUGCCUGUGGUUGCCUUCCGCCUGGAGCCCAAGGAUGGGAAGGGUGUGAUUACUGUGGACGGGGAGUUGAUGGCCAGUGAGGCUGUGCAGGGCCAGGUGCACCCAGACUACUUCUGGAUGGUUGGUGGCUGCAUGGAGCCCCCACCCUCUCUGGAGCCACAGCCCCUGCCCAGCCCAAAGCCUCAAUAGAGGCCACCUCCAAAAGAGCUCUUAUGACUCCGAGGGCCUUGUCAUGCUGUAGUCUGUCUACUCACUCUACUCUGAGCCUCAGGACCCUCUCUCCUCCCCCAGGACUGGAUGGCCUGUCCACAGCUCAUGUAGGGACAGGACUCCUGGAGAAGCGUGGGAAGGUGGAGGUGCUUUGGAGGAACAGACUCUGCCCAACAAAGGCCAGAAUGAGGCCCUGGGCCAGAAGCCCAGCUGGUUGGACCCCCUUGCCUAUGGAAGUUCCACCUCAUGAAUCAAAUCUAAAUAAAGUGACAUUCCCA